UCAGGCAUUUGUGCUGAGCUGGGUUGAGUCAGCAGGAUUCUUCGUACUGCUUCCUGUUCAAGAUGCAGCGCAUUACCUGAGUGAGUCACAACAUCUCUAUGGUGAUCUUAUGGAAACUAUGAUCCGUAUUUGUCUUACAAAAGGACUGAAAGGAAUGAUCAUUCAGUUGCCUUGGAGAUGAUCCUUCUGCUGUAAAUGUAGGGCUGGAGAUCAAUGUUCUGGGCAGUAUGGACCUAAUGAACGGACAGUCAAGCAGUGUUAAUAUCGCAGCUACUGCUUCAGAGUGUUUUUGUUUGUUCCUGCAGAAGAGCAGCAGUUCCGAAUCCCUGAGUGACAAAGGUUCAGUUGAACUGAAGAAGAGCUUUGAUGCAGUGGUAUUUGAUGUUCUGAAGGUUACACCAGAAGAAUAUGCAGGUCAGAUAACACUAAUGGAUGUCCCCGUAUUUAAAGCAAUUCAGCCAGAGGAGCUGGCAAGCUGUGGAUGGAAUAAAAAAGAGAAAUAUAGUUCUGCUCCAAACGCGGUUGCUUUCACCAGAAGAUUCAAUCAUGUAAGCUUCUGGGUAGUCAGAGAGAUUCUACAUGCGCAAACCUUAAAAAUAAGAGCUGAGGUCUUGAGCCACUAUAUUAAAACUGCGAAGAAACUGUAUGAGCUGAACAAUCUGCAUGCUCUUAUGGCAGUUGUAUCGGGCCUGCAGAGUGCUCCUAUCUUCAGACUGACUAAAACGUGGGCGUUACUGAGUCGGAAGGAUAAAGCCACUUUUGAAAAGUUGGAGUAUGUUAUGAGUAAAGAAGAUAAUUACAAAAGGCUUAGAGAUUACAUCAGCAGCUUGAAGAUGACUCCCUGUAUUCCCUAUUUAGGUAUUUAUCUGUCAGACUUGACGUACAUUGAUUCUGCAUACCCGUCGACAGGGAGCAUUCUGGAAAGCGAGCAAAGAACAAACUUAAUGAACAACAUCCUACGAAUUAUCUCAGACUUACAGCAGUCUUGUGAAUAUGAUAUUCCUCUGCUGCCUCAUGUCCAGAAAUAUCUAAACUCAGUUCAGUACAUAGAAGAACUACAAAAGUUUGUAGAAGAUGACAAUUAUAAACUUUCAUUAAAGAUAGAACCAGGUACCAGCACCCCCCACUCUGCUGCUUCCAGAGAAGACUUAGUAGGUUCUGAAGUUGGAGCGUCGCCACAAAGUGGACGGAAAAAUGUUGCAGCUGAAGGAGCCUUGCUGCCGCCAACACCCCCUUCACCUCGGAACUUGAUUCCACAUGGGCAUAGGAAAUGUCACAGUCUGGGAUACAAUUUCAUACACAAGAUGAAUACAGCUGAAUUCAAAAGCGCAACAUUCCCUAACGCAGGACCAAGGCACCUACUGGAUGACAGCGUCAUGGAGCCUCACGUCCCAUCGAGAGGGCAGGCAGAAAGCUCCACCCUUUCUAGCGGAAUUUCAAUAGGUAGCAGUGAUGGUUCUGAACUCAGUGAAGAGACUUCUUGGCCAGCAUUUGAAAGGAACAGGUUGUACCAUUCUCUCGGUCCGGGGACAAGAGUGUCACGAAAUGGCUAUCGAGGCCACAUGAAGGCCAGCAGCUCUCUAGAAUCAGAAGAUCUGGCUGUUCAUUUGUAUCCAGGAGCAGUUACGAUUCAAGGCGUUCUCAGGAGGAAGACUUUGUUGAAAGAAGGCAAAAAACCCACAGUAGCAUCUUGGACAAAAUACUGGGUAGCAUUGUGUGGAACCCAACUCUUUUACUAUGCUGCAAAAUCUCUGAAGGCCACAGAGAGAAAACAUUUCAAAUCCACCCCAAGUAAGAGUGUGUCAGUCGUGGGCUGGAUGGUGAUGAUGGCAGAUGACCCUGAACAUCCAGAUCUCUUCUUACUGACGGAUUCUGAGAAAGGAAAUUCAUACAAAUUUCAAGCUGGAAACAGAAUGAAUGCGAUGCUCUGGUUUAAACACCUGAGUGCUGCCUGCCAAAGCAACAGACAGCAGGUUCCUGCCAACUUGAUGACCUUCGAAUAGCAGGCUAAUUCAAAACAAAACAAAAAAAAAACAAUUUGAACCAUCUCAUAAAUGAGAAUGAGGUCCUGACGGAAAAUGUGCCAGCUGCAUUCUGUGCCAGAACGGGGCCUGUCAAGCCGAUCUCCUGAACUCUGGAGCCCUGAACAAAACAAGUAAUGGCUGGGGAUUAGGGUCCCCUGAAUGAAACGUAGAGUUGCAACAUGAAUUGCCAUGGACCAUGCUUCGUUAUAUUCUCUGAACUGACCUGUGGAAACCACUGCCUUAAAGAGUGAAAGGAAAAACAACAAUGAAACACCAAAUAGUGUGUGUGAAACUUCUGGCGGUGCUGUGCUUGAGUUAAAUAGAUUGUAGCUUGUUUGAGUUUCUUUUAACUUUGUACUAAUUUUGAAAAUAACUCACCUUUUUAGGUAUUCUUAAGAAAGCGAGUAAACUGAUAUUUAAGCGUUGUAUCAAAAGCGAUGUAUGAACCGGGUAAAAGAGGUGCUGCACACUCUAGAGAUGUUGUUUGGACUAUACCAGGAGUUCCCAAUGGAAGCUUGUCCCAGGCAUACUGCGCCUGGAGCGAUGUUAAUUCUGUCAGACCCACGAGUAUCCGAAAUGUCACAAAUGCAAGUUUAAAGUAGCAGUAAGCUUGCAACCUGUAGUACUGUACAGGAGCCACAUUCCCUAUGAGCAGGCACUUACACACUGAGAAUGCUUUUGGUGCGUUGUCACCUAAUUCCUGGUUAGAGCAUAGUUCACGUGUUUCGGGUGCUUGGGGUGUGCGUGAAAGACAAAACUGAAAGCACUGUUGGCUCAGAACUGAGUGUUUUCUUCCCAUUUGUUCCUACACCUCGGCCUCCUACAGAUGAAGGUUGAAUGACAAAAAAAAAAACCACCCAACAUCUUGGUAUAGUUCUUGGAGACAUUUUACUUCUCUGGGUAUCUGUUAAUCAGCUAGGGACCACUGUCAGCGUAUGGUGUUUCAUAAUAUCACUUAGAGUCUAUCUUUUAAAAUGAUAGAGGCACAAUUUCAAGCUUUCAUAAUCUCAUUUGGCAAUAAUUGAUUUUACUCUGUCUUGGUCAAAAUAUGACAUCGUGUGGUAUUGACAAUGUAGCCUAAAGUAGAUCGUACAUAUGGAAGCUCUUUUGAUCUUCAGGCAAAUAAUUUAUUAGGUGGGAUAAUACAAAGAGAAAAAAGGCAUGGGACUGUCAAAGUUUCAUCCUUGACCGGAAUAAUUCUUCGUCAGUGAAAUUACUCAGAAAAAUAACAUGGUUGUAAAAAGGGAAACAUGCUUUAUACAUGUGUUUUAUGCAUAAAAACUUUGAUUCUUGCUUUGUUUGGGUUUCCUUGACGUCACCUAGAUAGCAUUCCCUGGAUGAUUAGUCUUCAUUUAAUCUUCAAAAACACGAUCUUUGUAAAGCAAGUAAACAUUAUCCAAAAUAGGACUCUGAGAUAUCAGAACUUUGAAGUCUGUGGAAAAAUAGUAAAUGUUUCAUUGACGUUGUGGUUGAGUGGCCAUAAAUAAGCUUGCAGAUUCCACCGUGAAUACUCCUUUUUAAAGAGAAACAAACUACCUACCAGUUUGUGGCAGAGUUCUCUGACUGUGUAAUAAAGUUUUCUACUAGUAGUGAUUAUUUUGAAAAUGUACAGUUUGUUUCUUGCAUCAGAGUAGUAGCCUAUGAAGUCACAUUUUGUUCUCCCCGGAGUCAAAUUAAUCUCUUAAUGGAAGUGAUUAAUUUCUGAUUUCUAGGGGAAAAAAAUAGAGAAGGAUAAUCCAGCCUCGCAGUUAAAAGCAAACCAAAAACCCACACGCUUGGUAAUGUGGAGUUAAAUGGCAAUAGGCUGGAUUAUGUUUCCAAAAAUUGUUCUUGUGAAUUGGCUCUCAGUAGAAAGAAAACAGUAGAAGGAUAUUUCUGUCAGAGUUACACCACAAGCAGUGUGGGAAUUUGUGUCCCUCUGCAGUUUUUUUUUUCCUGCUUUGGGGAAUGAACAGUCUGUUCUCUGAUCCUGAAGUCAUGUCUUUUGAAAAGGGGUUGCUUGUGCUGAGUCCCUCUUCAAUUCACACAUCACCUAAGUUAACCUAUGUUGGGUGUAUAGUGAAGACAGCAUCUUCGUAGCCAGCAGUGUUACUGUAGUAGACUUUGCACAACGUCGGUUUUGGUUUUUCAUUUUAAAAAUUAUUUCAUGUGUGUUUUCUUCUCAACAGCUAGAUGGCUUUUUAGCAGCGUGUGUCCUUUUUUUAAACAUUGUGGAUAACAGCCCGUGGAUUUUGAAUUUUUAAAUAGGCUCUUAUAGAGUCAUUGCAGCAUAACUGUGUCUGCUGUUCUGUCAGUGAAAGGAAGCAUGCAUCUGGGAGCCACAGCCUGACAUCACCCAGCUUUACUAAAGACAGAGCCAGGUCUGAAGGUGUCGUUUAUUAUUGUUUUUUUUGUUUGUUCCAGCUGCUUUGAAUUAUGGUUUUGUGGUAGGAGGAUAAUGGGGAAAACAGUUCACAAAUCAUCAUUUAAUGAAUUGUUGUUACUAGUUGUAAUUGUCCUUAAGCCUCCUACUGUCUUUGGUUUUCUUCCCUCAGAUAAUACUGUUUUCUGUGGGAGAGACGAAAUAUUAUGGGAGUAGUUUCUUAAAAUGUGUAGCCGAGAUAAUUGGAGUGAUUAAUGACAACACCGAAAGCAUUAUUGGCCCUUGCUGCAGUGAGUAGCUCAGUACUUUCCUGUGGUCGAUCUCAUAUUUGUUCAAGUUGUCUUAUAGGGCAACACAACUGCUGAAAUGUUAUAGGCUUCGACAUACAUGGUGCUCAGGAAGAGGUGGUGGUUUGGUUCCCUGAGGGAAAACUGCCUCAGCUAAGCUUUGGAAAGACUUGGAUGAGUCAAAUACUCUGUAAAGAACACAGUGGUGUUUUUUGGUUCUGCUUUUUUUCUUCAUAAUUUUAAAAAAAAGAAGGUUAAAAAUAUGAGUUGAAAUCAGUGCUUAGAGAGAAGGGGCAGCAGCAGCGAGGUCCUGUUAUCCAGGUAAGACUAUUAUCCAAUUUCAGUUAGUUGACUGAUUGUUUUGUUUUGUAAUGCUCUAUUUCUUUAUUUUAUUAAUAACUGAUGGAGCUCUUCAGCUAAUAUUUGUCACUUUAAUUUCACAAUAUUUUGAGUUAGAAAUCAAAGGCGUCCCUUACAGUUCCUUGAUUGCAAGCAUACGAGUGAAAAGUACUCAGCGUAGAUCCCCAUGGCAAGGCUUCCCAUGUCAAUGUGAGUCACCUGCUGAGCGCUCACUGCUUUGUUAGCUAAGCUAACAGUCUUGGGGGAGACUGAAUAAUGGGGAAUGUCUGGUUGGUGAAACUGGUGCAACGCUUUAGAAAUAUACCAUUGCCCUUGGUACUGAUUUUCGAUUACUUACUGCUGACUUUUAUCUUUCUAACUUCAUUUGCUUAUUUUUUACAAGGUUUUUCAAACCUGACUUCUGUUUUAGUAUUCUUUGAAAGCAGAUUAGGAGAUUCAGUUUUGAGAAAUGUUGAUAAUUUGAGUAAACGGAGCUCUUCCCAGUCACGUAUUUCAUUUUGCAGGCAUUUCAUGGCACAGGCAUAUUGCUCUAGCUGCUAAGAUUCAUUAAGUAUUUAGGUACAAGAUGUGAGUAUUAGAACUACAAACACUAAAUGAACGCAUGUAAAUACUUAAUGAGCUUUAGCACUCAACUUUGAAAUUAUGUUGCUGUUAGCUUUUUGAAAUUACCAUUCAAAUCAUAUCCUCUGUGAGAAAGAUCUGGUCAGGAAAUGAGCAGCAGACAUUUUGCAUCUCAGCAGCCUGCAUGUUGAGCAGCCCCCCAUUAUGCCGUUACAGCCUGUUGUUUCAGCCUGUUGCUUGAGGAAUCAGGGUCUCUUUUGGGGAAUCAGCUGAUUGACUUUCCUCCUCCGAACUCAACUGCGGAGCACUUGAACUUUUACCCAGGGAAGCGUUUAUAGAAAUAUACUUAUUGGCGGUAAGAAAAUAAGAAGCAUAAAAGAAGGCAGCAGGGUUUUAUUAGCCAUCUUUUCCUACUAUAAUUCAGUGUCUCAUCUGUUUCUUUUCCUGCAGCAUCAGCCUCUUCUAGUUGCAUUUCUGCAUUUUCAGCAGCACAGUCCUCUUCUGUGAGAUGUAACAAAUGUUAAAAGGAAACGCUUUCCGUUCCAGCAGAAGUAAUUGCAGCUUUUUGUGCUGCUGAGGCACUCUCGGAGGUUAGGUCCCUUUGGAUAGACAGCAGAUCGAUCUUGUGGUUUGGAUUAACUUUAGCAAAUCUUAUCCAAAUCAAGGUAAAUCAUGGGAUGUCAUUUCUUAUGGCUCUGUCAGUGGCUUUUUUCUUUGUUUUCAACUUUUGAUUUUUUUUUUGUAUGCUAAGUCAAUGGUCUUGUCCAUGGCUGGCUGUAGUGUGCUGCCUGUUAUAACAUCAAGGCACCAGUGCUGGUACCAAGUCACAUCAGCUAACUGCCUGUUCUGCCUACAAUGUCAAGGUUUAAAAGCAUUGUUAUUAUUUACUUACCUCCCUUUUGCUUUCAUUUUUCCUCCAAAAAUGGCUUGUGAUGAGUUGAUGGGGUUGGGAAAGUUCUAAUUGAAGAAGCUGUAUGAAUGGGCAUAAAAUUUGUUGGUAGGGAUUAUCCUCUUUUUAAAAUGGUCAUUCUAAUUUGUUAUGUAUCAAAAGGAGGGUGAGUGUUUGGGUUAAAGGAGGACGUUUGUCAGUGCCUUAUUAUUAACUUGAAUACUAGUCCUGUUCUUUCAGUGCUGAGAGUACCAUGGCAGCAGACUUGUGUGCUGUGUCCUUCAUGUUCCAGGGGGUAACACGCCUUGCAGUCAUUGUUUCUGCAGAAGAACUUAGCUGCUUUGGUCAGUGUAAAAUAGCUGUGACUUGAGUUGCUGUAGUAUUUCUUCUGUAGUUGAAUGGUAUCAGAGAAAUGAAGCAGUGUUUGGUAGCUUGGGCUCAUACAGCUUUUAUCAGAGGUAGCUCAGACUUCAUUAAAAUUAAUUUAUGUGGUAUGUGUCUGAGUGGAUGUGAUAGUGGAGAAAGAAACCCGAAAAGGAUUGUCUGAGUCAUGGCCUGGAACACACGAGCAUAAGAGCUCACGUGUUUAGAAAUGAGCAUGCUUCUCUCUCCCAUUUCAUUUGAUUUAAACAUUGAAGGGUGUAAUUAUGAGAGGAUUUAUUUCUUACGAGCUUUUCAUUAAUGUAAAAACUACAGGAAAAAAUGUUUGUGGGAAGAGAAGGCUGAAUAAAUCUGUCUGAUUCUUUCAUAAUAGCCCAUAAGCUCAGUUGUGUGUAUUAUGCUUCUAAUGCCAACACGAGGUAGAGAGAACUAUCCUUUACUGAAACAACUGCUGCAGAUUGUUGUAGUAGCAAGACUUUAGAGGCAUCGGAAGGGGAAAUGAAAGAAUGUGUUGUUCUUAGGCAAUUAAAUGUUAUUUUUCUGUUUUCCUGAGAUGCGUCCUUGAUAAAAACUAUGGCAGUUUUACUGUGGUGUUAAUGCAUGUUGGAAAGGGAAGGAUAGUUUGAAAUUUUGUCUUAUGCUUUCUGAACAUCUUUGGAGAUGACAGGAUGGUUAGGUUAAGGGAGGAAAGCCAAAUCAUGUAGUUUAGCUACGCAUAUUGAAGAAGAGAGCUGACAAGUUUUCUUCAAGUUACAUUAUUAAGAAAAAAGGUGUAAUGAACUGGAAUUCCUGAUCAUGCUGAUCAUGGCAUGGUUGUGGCUGUGAGCCUGAUCUUCCUCUUGAGUUGCUUAAAGCAUCGUGAAUGUUCCAUUUCCCUUUUGUGUGUGCUUAGGAUAUGAUUUUUCUUUCUCUGGGUAAGUUCUGCUCUUGAAAUGUGUUUCUUGAACGUCUCUCCUAUCAUUCCAAAGCCGUUUGCAGGUAGAGCAGAAGAGCAGUAUAAAUUGAUGAAAUAAAUGCUGAACGAAAGGGUUCUAGGUGGCCUUGCUCACAGGCACCUCUAGCUCCUUGUGUACAGGAACGGAUCCAUUUAAGCACUGCUGUACUCAAGUGUGAAAAGCACCAGGAUUCAUAUCAAUGUUUUAUAAUAAACCUUCGAGGACCAACCAUCACUGGAAGGGGGAUCAAGGUUGUCGUGCAGCAAACGCAGCCGUUUGUAAUCUUCCCUGCUGGCGUGAGGCGUUGCAAUGGUCGAGUGAUUGCACUAUGAUCUCAUGGAGUGAUGUGCAGUUUGGCUGCCCUCUAGCCUUUUUUCUUCAACAUUUUUAAUACUUUCUUCUCUGUGUGUGCGUGCGUGUGUGUGUGUGUGAAAACUGCGUGUUUGCAUAAGCUAGUUGAAAUGAAUUGAAGUACAGGUUUCAAAAAUCUUUCCUACUGAAAUAAAUGAUUUGAAAGAC